UGAGCCUCACUCUGCGACCUCCCUGCCCAGUUUCCCAAGGCUGGAGGCCAACCUGCUAUUAGGGUAGGUGUGGUGCCUGGGAUUUGCGCUCAGCCCUCCAUCUGGGGCUCCCUGAGCUCCAUUCGCACCAGAGAAGGAGCAGGAGAGCGAGGUCAAGUGCAUCCAACAGCCUCCUGGGGGUGGGGGUGGGGGGAUAAGGGCAUCGCCUCCUUUUCUUAAAGGAAACUCCCUCUGCUGGUGAAUGGAACUCCCUUCCUCCUGCCUGGGCCUGUCUGCAGCAGCCCUGGUAGGACAGCGUGGACAUUACCGCAGUGGCUGCUGCCCCAGAAAGAAAGCACCCAGAGCCAAAAGCAGAGAGUCUUGAGGCAGCCAUAACCAGGAGCUACUGAGCCAUGGCUGAAGGGGAAAUCACAACCUUCACAGCCCUGACCGAGAAGUUUAACCUGCCACCAGGGAAUUACAAGAAGCCCAAACUCCUCUACUGUAGCAAUGGGGGCCACUUCUUGAGGAUCCUUCCAGAUGGCACAGUGGAUGGCACCAGGGACAGGAGUGACCAGCACAUUCAGCUGCAGCUCAGUGCGGAAAGCGUGGGGGAGGUGUAUAUAAAGGGCACCGAGACUGGCCAGUACUUGGCCAUGGACACCGACGGGCUUUUAUACGGCUCAACACCAAAUGAGGAAUGUUUGUUUCUGGAAAGGCUGGAAGAAAACCAUUACAACACCUACAUAUCCAAGAAGCAUGCAGAGAAGAAUUGGUUCGUUGGUCUCAAGAAGAACGGAAGCUGCAAACGUGGUCCUCGGACUCACUAUGGCCAGAAAGCAAUCUUGUUUCUCCCCCUGCCAGUCUCCUCUGAUUAAAGAAAUCUAUUCAGGCUGCUGCCCACUCCAGAGGAGUCUCACGGGCCCUCAUCCUGCUGAUCCCUGGAAUGUUCCCCUUGACCACUGGCUGCACUAACCCUCGGCCACAGAGCCUGACUUUGUAAGCAGUGUACUCCUAAAUACCCAGCUCACUAUUUUGCAGAGUGCUUUACCCCAGUAGUGUU